AUGUCUAAAAUUCUGGAAAGAUUGGUUUAUAAUAAGCUAUAUGAACAUCUUAAAAAACAUGACCUCCUAACACCCUUACAAUCAGGUUUUAUUCAGGGUGAUUCUACGACAAAUCAGUUGGUCGAUUUGGUGCAUGAAAUAGGGGAAAAUUUAGAUUUUAAUAAAUUUACAACAGCUGUAUUUCUUGAUUUUGCAAAUCGAGGUGUUCAGAAAGCUGAUCAAGAAAGUUCGGCUGAUCAUUCCAAAUUCGUGAAGUUUUUAAAAUUAAAAUGA